AUGGAGCGAUGGACUCUGUGUGUGAGGAGGAGGAGCAGUGACUCCUGUGUGAGCGGAGGAGGAGGAGGAGGAGAAGGAGGAGCGAGACACAGGGAGGUGCGGGAGUUCGCCAAUGGGUCUGUGUGCCUGGAGUGCGACGGCCAGUGUGACAAGAUGGACGGCGAUACCAUGACGUGCCUUGGACAGGGCCCAGACCAGUGCGUCAAAUGCCUGCACUUCAAAGACGGACCCAACUGUGUGGAGAAGUGUCCUGACGGCGUACAGGGCGCCCACGGCUUCAUCUUCAAAUAUGCCAAGGCCAACAACGAGUGUCACCCAUGCCACGCCAACUGCACCCAAGGGUUUUGGUGGGUUGGGGUUGUUUGGAGGGUGUGUGAGGGAUGUGGUUGUGGGGAGGUAUGUGAUGGUUGUGUGCCUGUGGGGUGUUGGUGGUGUGUGGUUGUGUGGUUAGGGUGUGGUUUGGUGGGGUUGGUGGGGGUGAGUGGGGAGUGGAUGGUGGUGGUGGGUUGGUGGUGUGUGUGGUGGGUGGGGGAGUUGUGGGGGUGUUUUGUUUGUGGUGGGGGUAGGUGGCGUGUUUGUGUUGUGUUUUCUGGAUGUUGGGUGGGGUUGUGUUGUGGGUUGUGA